AUGAAACCUCAAACCGGGUUUAGUCUACACGUCACCAUCUAUAUCAAACCUUCUGAUGUUCCUACAUUCUUCGAACAUUUUAAGCCAGUCUACGAAAAAGUGGUCGCCGAGCCGGAGUGCCGCUUCUUCGAAGUAUAUCAGUCUUUGGAGGACCCAGGAACAUUACGCUGGGUUGAAAAUUGGGGUGCGAGUUUCGAAUGGUUCAUGGGGAACCAGGCACCAAAAGAAUAUUACAAGGAAUACCUUACAAAGACACAGGCAAUGUUCAUCCAGCCACGGGAGAUGAAGGUGUUUGAUAGGCUUGGACCUCCAUAUUACACAGCCAAGGACCCCUAUACAAAUUGA